AUGGGUGCAACCCUUUCUUACCUCGGCUACGCAUCACAUCAGCAGCCUCACCCAGGUUUUUAUGAGCGUGUUUCCCGGCAGCUGCACCAAGGCUUCGAACCAACUCUCAUCUUCGGCAAUAAAGAUGCAGUUUCACCCUCCAUCAUCGACCUCUGUACUCGUCUUACCGCUUUGGAGAAAGAUCUUCAGAUUUCUCGAACGGCAAACACCAACAAAGAGGCUGUCAUUCAGUACCUUCUGCAGUCCAGCGUGAGCAACGCGCGUGUCAAGGAACGCACUGUAAAGCUCAAGGAGCAGCUUCUAGUUCUGAAGACGACCAUCGACCAAACUCACAAGGAGAAGAAAGAAAUCAAGGACAAGCUGAGGAAAGCUGAAGACACUAUCUUUGCCCUAUCCAGGCCCAAUGUUCCCAAUUCAAUGUCUCAAUCUAUCUCAACAAGCUUCAGCAGUCACAGCGAUUCCCCACCGAAAAGCGAGAUAGUGACCGAGGAUUUGAUUGAUCUGCUAGACUGCAGCCAAGAGUUCAGCAGUGCGAAAUUAACGAAAGGGGGCACCACUUUGCUAGAUAAGUUCUACGAAGACGAGUCAGAUACUGAGGGAGUUUCCAACAGUACUACGCCAUUUCAGUCUCUGCAACAGUCUUCUGAUUCAGAUUUCGAAGGGUCCUCGUACAUUGUCCAUUUCGCGGACAGCGAUGAAGAUACGAAAUCACAGGACGCUGUUAAGGUGUCUACAAAGAAGGUCAGGGUGCCUCGCGGCUUAUCAGAGUCUAUCACACCUUCAGAGCAGCAGAACGACAUUCUUGUACUUUCCGAAAAGGCCGAUGAAUCUUCUUCGGAGGAUGCAUCCUCUCUGAAUGGUCCUAAUUCCACAGCAACCUCCUUUACUUCUACGAGCAGUGGAAAUUCGCCGCUCAACGCCAAGCUCCUCAAUGAGGAGUUUUUGCAGCUGAAGGCCUUGCAUUCUGAAGGCGGCAAUUUGGAUAAAUCUAUGGCUAUAGUCAGCACAUUAGCAGACAAACUAUGCAGUUUCGGCACGCUCAAUCAAGACGAGCCAUUUCGGCCAACCGCCCAAGCCCCUACGGAAUCUCGAGAUCUGCAGACCUCAGUCAAGGGUGAUACCACCGAGCCACGUUGGAGCCCAGAGAGAAUCUUUGAGUCUGUUCAAGAUCGCAAGACUGCCGUCUUAAUCAACGGACGUAGUGCUCAGACUGGAGCAAGAGAUGUACCCUAUCCAGACUUCUUCAAAUAUGGUAUCCGCUAUGUUCCCAAAACCUACGAGCAGGAUGUCUAUCGUACCGUUGCAAUCUCGGGACUCCCGCCAUCUGUCACAAUGAUGGCUCUUCUAGAGAAAGUCCGAGGAGGCAUGCUCGUCGAUGCAAAGCUUCUGGACACAGCCAAGAUUACCGGUAGUAACACGGCAUUAGUGACUUUCUUACACGAGCGUUCAGCCAUGGCAUACGAGGAUCGUGCGAAAGAGCAUCCCAUAGCCUUCAACAACGUUGUGGCCCAGGUUGCGGUAAUCCCAACUCCGACGUGGCCCAUCCCGGUUAACCUUCGAACAGGCAUCGAAGAAUUUGGACGCACGCGCUGCUUCGAGGUACAUAACAUUCCUCGCAAUCUCUUUCUGCCGACUUUGAGACAAGAACUCACAGCCUCCCCUGUCAUGAAGUCAGACAGCCUGGAGUGCAUGAGGCUGGGAGCGGACGGGGUUCUGGGACUGCGCUUUUCAUCCAUCAGAGCCGCCGGACACAGCUCUGCUUUGUUCAGCAAAACCCUGCGCUACCGGGGAUGUACCGUCCAAUGCAUCCCAGAUCCGUGCGCUCAGCCUUUGGAGACUCUUCUUCAACCACGUACAGACAUGUCCGAAGUUGUCAAGGAAGUCACCCCAGAGCCUUCCUACAAUUCGGAGGCCAAAGCCGCUGCCGAUGAGCAAUCUGGUAGGCUCACCAAGGUCGACUAG